CGUGUAAGGGUGUGCAGAUUUGUCCAUUACAAUUCCUGUAUCUCUUUUUUUUUUCUCGAAAUUUACCGUGGAGCUGUAUAUAUAUGACUGACUGACAACUAGUACCAAAGUGGCUUCAAAAGUUAUGUGUAACGACUGUCUUGUUCUUUUUAAUUUUUUCAUCACGACAGAGCUAAUUUCGGAGCUCGGAAAACACAUUCCAAACCAAGGGGAAGAAUGGAUAAUCAUCCAUCUCCGUGGAAUUUAUGGAUAUACAUGUGAAAUUGCACAUAUGCUUUCAUCGAACAUUUAGCUUGUAUUGAUUAAGCACUGUAUUAAUAUUGGCUUCACACUAGCCAAUAUAUAAACUGUUGGCGAGGGCUCUGAGACUGGAAAAAUGGCACAGAUUCCAAAAUUGGACAAUGCUCCUAUUAACAUAUCGCCAUUCAGGGAUCAAUCUAGAAAGGAACUCGUAAACAUUCUGAAUACGAUACGGGGUAAGAAGACGCUUUAUUUGGAUCCCAAACUGAGCGGGUCACUUGCUUUGAUUCUUCAAACUUCGCUUUUGAAGGAACAUGGUGUUGAAAACCUGGGCCAUCUCUCAACAAACCCUAUUCAGAGUGAUUGUAAAAAUGUUUUAUACCUCGUUCGUCCUCAGAUUAAUUUGAUGAAAUUGAUAUCUGCACAGAUUCAGCAAGAUGUUAGGCAAAAUUAUCAACGAGAAUACACUGUGAUUUUUGUUCCACGUCGCACUGUUGUUUGUGAGAAGAUUUUACAAGAGGAGAAGGUACAUUCGAUGGUCAAAAUUGUAGAGUAUCCCUUAUACUUAAUACCGGUUGAUGAAGAUGUUCUGUCUUUUGAGCUUGAAUUGGCAUACAAAGAGUGUCAAGUUGAUGGUGAUACAAGUUCACUUUGGCAUGUUGCAAAAGCUAUCCACAAGCUUCAGUCUGCUUUUGGUGUCAUACCAAAUGUAAGAGUGAAGGGUAAAGCAGCCACAAUUGUUGCAGAUAUACUAAGCCGUAUGCAGCUUGAACAACCUGUUGUGUCAUCCAAUGCAGGGAUUCCGGAGAUUGAUACACUUAUUUUACUAGAUCGCCAUGUGGACAUGGUUACUCCCAUGUGUUCUCAAUUGACUUAUGAAGGACUUCUAGAUGAGUUCUUACAUAUAAAUAAUGGAGCAAUAGAGCUGGAUGCAUCAAUCAUGGGUGCCCAAGAGGAGGGCAAAAAAGCCAAAGUACCCCUUAAUUCAAGUGAUAAAUUAUAUAGAGAAAUUCGUGAUCUGAAUUUUGGAGUUGUUGGGCAGGUUUUACGCCAAAAAGCAACAACUAUGAGGCAGGAUUACACAGAAGUGACAACUACUAGUCAAACAGUAUCAGAAUUAAAGGAUUUUGUGAAGAAACUGAGUUCUCUUCCAGAAAUGACGAGACACACACAUCUUGCUCAGCAUCUGUCCACAUUCACUACAAAGCCAACUUUCCUAGGUCAGCUUAGCAUUGAGCAGACACUUGUGGAGGGUCAGAGUUAUGACAUAUGUUUUGAGUACAUUGAGGAGAUGAUUCAUAAACAGGAGCCCUUUCUUAGUGUUUUGCGGUUGCUUGUUUUGUUUUCCAUCACAAAUGGUGGCCUACCAAAAAAACAUUUUGAUUAUUUAAGGAGAGAGCUGCUGCAUAGCUAUGGUUUUGAGCACAUGGCAACACUGAUUAACUUGGAAAAGAGUGGUUUAUUUAAGAAACAGGAUUCGAAAAGCAACUGGGUCACAGUUAAGCGGGGACUAAAUCUGGUUGUGGAAGACGUUGAUGAUGCCAAUCCCAAUGACAUUGCAUAUGUCUUCUCUGGAUAUGCACCUUUGAGCAUCAGACUCGUCCAACAUGCUCUCAGAGCUGGGUGGCGUUCCAUUGAAGAGAUUGUAAGAUUAUUACCAGGACCCCAUUCUGAACGAAAGCAGUCCCUGCAGUCUCAAGAAGAAGCUCCCGCAAGCAAUGAUAUUGGAGUUGUAGAUGGGCGGCGCUUACUUGUCUUGGUUGUUUUUAUUGGUGGGGUUACAUUUGCAGAAAUAUCUGCUCUUCGCUUUCUCAGUGCUCAAGAAGGAAUGACAUAUGAUUUAAUUAUUGGCACAACAAAGAUAAUCAAUGGAUCCUCUUUACUUGAGACAUUGAUUGAUGUUCUACCAUGAGUAAAUUUUCUUUGCCAUUCCAUUGUCUCUAAUUUUCUUUGCCAUUCCAUCGUUUCUAAUGUAUAGAGGUUUUUUAGUGAUUUUUUUGUGGUGCAAUAAAUUGCAAGAUUAUAGAACUUAUUUUUGGGAAUCCUAAUGUUAUGAUGGAUUCAAUCUUAUUGAUGCAAUAUCAUGAAGAGAAUAUUUCUUAAGAGGAAAUGGUCGGUGUCGUAAAGCUUCGUCAUUUUUGGCAAUGUAUAAUGAAAAUUUUGGGUUAGCAUACCAUUGUGAAAUUUGUGGAAAACUGCAGUUUUACUAAUUAUUACAUAUUGUGUUACUUUCAACAUAUAAUUUAUAUUCAAUUUAUUUAAAGCUUUUA